CCGGAGCCGUCGGGGCGCGGCGUCGCCGCGCUGCCCCGCGGCCGCGCGCGGCAGGGGCCUCGGCUGGGCGCCCUCGUGCGGCGCAACGAGCCGUUCGUGCUGCGGGGGCACCUCGGCCGCGAGAGCCUGGAGGCGUGGUCGCCCGAGGCGGUGCGGAGGCUCGCCGGGGACGUGGAGCUGGAGGUGCGCAGCGCGGGGUUCGCCGCCGCGGCGGGCGGGGCGAGCAUCUUCCACGACCCCGCCGACCUCCGCGGCGGAGGCGCGGACAGCGGGCGCCACAGGGUGAACGUGACGGUCUCGGGCCUGUUCCAGAACUUGAGCCGCCUCGCGGCGGUCUCCAAGGAGAUGGUCGACGGCGCGAGUGCCGACGCAUGCGGCGCUGGAUCUGCCGAGCUGCCAGGCGGCACCGCACUGUACGGGGCGCAGAUCGAUGUGGACGACAGGCGCAUCCCACAGCUCGCACAGAUCGUGCCGCCCCUGGAUGCCGAGCUGGCCGCGGCGCUCGGCCCCGCCUCGCCCACGGCGGCGUCCACCGUCUACAUCGGCGCGGCGCGCCCGCGCUCGAAGCUGCACUACGACUCGAGGGAGAACCUGCUGUGCCUGGUGCACGGGGGCCACAAGGAGGUCCUGCUGGUGGACCCCCUGGUGGCCGCCGCGGUGCUCUACGUCAACCAGACCGAGCACGGCAAUGCCUCGCCCGUCUCGCUGUUCGAGCUGCGGGAGAGAGGAGGCGAGCCCCCGCAGGAGUUCCCGUUGGCGCGGUACGCCGUUCCUUCUGCAGUCACGGUACGGGCGGGGGAUUGCUUGUACAUUCCCAUCUAUUGGUUCCACGAGGUGCUGGGAUCGGCCGAGGUCACCAUUUCCCUCAAUUGGUGGAGGCAGCCAGACCCGGGCAAGAAGGACAUUCUCGGCAGACUCCUCUGUGGCAGCCGCCACAAGCGGGCUGCCAUGACGUGCUGA